CUUUACAGCCUUUACCGCGAUGGGAGAAGGGGAGGCAUUCUGGCCGACGACAUGGGUCUGGGGAAGACCAUACAAAUCAUUGCUUUUCUUUCGGGGAUGUUUGAUGCUGACCUGAUCCGGUCUGUGUUGCUCAUCAUGCCGGUUACUCUUGUUAACAACUGGAUGCGGGAAUUUGUCAAAUGGGCUCCUGGAAUCCGGGUGAAAGUGUUCCAUGGCACCAGUAAGAAGGAGCGCCAGCAAAACCUAGAGCAAGUCCAAAGGAAAUGUGGGGUCUUGCUGACCUCGUACCAGAUGAUCCUAGCCAACUGGGAACAGGUCUCUAGUUUCGGCCAGCAGCAGUUUCUUUGGGACUACGUCAUCUUGGAUGAAGCGCACAAAAUUAAAAGCCCCUCAGCUAAAACCACCAAGUCUGUGUAUGCCAUCCCAGCCACUAACCGACUUCUUCUCACAGGGACGCCGUUGCAGAAUAACCUACGAGAGCUUUGGUCUCUGUUUGAUUUCGCUUGUCAGGGGUCCUUGCUCGGCACAGCCAAGACCUUCCGGAUGGAAUAUGAGAAUCCUAUCACAAAAGCCAGAGAGAAGGAUGCAACCCCAGGUGAAAAAGCACUUGGGCUUAAGAUCUCAGAGAACCUGAUGACCAUCAUUCAGCCGUAUUUCUUGCGCCGAAGUAAAGGUGAAAUACAGAAGCUGAAAUCUGAGCGAGCCACCUGUCCACCUGGAGAAGAGAGCAACUACACUGCACUGGAAAUGCCUUCUCUUCCAAGAAAAAAUGACUUUAUUGUCUGGGUGUAUUUAGCACCCAUGCAAGAAGAGAUUUAUAGGAGCUUUCUCUCCUUGGAUCAUAUAAAGGAACUGCUCAAUACCACUCGUUCCCCGUUAGCAGAGUUGACCGUCUUGAAGAAACUCUGUGAUCAUCCCAGGUUGUUGUCUGCACAAGCUUGCAUCCAGCUCGGUUUGGAGGUAUCUGAUUACUCUGAGCAAACAGAAAGUGAAAACGGAACUACUUCGAGCAUGACCCAAGAAAUCAAGCAUAUUUCUGAUAAACUUCUCAUUGAGGAGUCUGGAAAGCUAAUUUUUCUUGUAGCAUUGCUGGAAAAACUUCAAGACGAAGGACACCAAACCCUUGUUUUCUCCCAGUCAAGGAAAAUGCUGGAUAUCAUAGAGCACAUCUUGACUCAGCGGCACUUUAGGCUGAUGCGCAUAGAUGGAACAGUGACACGUUUAGCUGAACGAGAGAAAAGGAUUGGGGAAUUUCAGAUGGACAAAGGCUACUCAAUCUUUCUCCUUACCACCCAAGUUGGAGGUGUUGGUCUCACCUUAACCUCAGCCACCCGAGUGGUCAUUUUUGAUCCCAGUUGGAAUCCUGCUACCGAUGCCCAAGCUGUAGACAGAGCAUACCGGAUUGGACAGAAAGAGAACGUUGUUAUCUAUAGGCUCAUCACCUGUGGGACUGUGGAAGAGAAGAUCUACCGGCGUCAAGUCUUCAAGGACUCCUUAAUGCGCCAGAGCACCGGCGAUAAGAAAAACCCGUAUCGAUAUUUCACCAAACAAGAAUUAAGGGAGCUUUUCAUACUGGAGGAAACAAGAAGCUCUGCAACUCAACUGCAGCUGCAGUCUUUGCAUGCCACUCAGAGGAACUCUGACAUAAAGCUGGAUGAACACAUUGCCUACCUCCACACCCUAGAGAUGUUCGGCAUAUCUGAUCAUGACCUGAUGUAUACCUGCGAAACAGGCCAGGAUGAGGAAGAGGAAGCAGAAGAUGAGGACGAACAUCAGUACAUUGAACACCGGGUGCAGAUGGCCCAAGAGUUGGUUCAGCUGGAAUCGCGAAAAUGAGAGAACUCCCGUACCUUGUGAGUCCUUCACCUAAGUCCCAGUGAUUAUUUUGUUUUGCCAAAGAAAUUGUUUACAGUGACCAGGUGGUCACUCCAGUCUGGAGGCUUAGUUUUGUUCAUCUUUUCCACCAGUUCCUUUAUUGAUGGCCCAGUUUACUGCUCAUUCGUAGAUUGGUCCUCCUUCUUGAUGAUGCAGCAAGGACGAAUGCCCUACUCUAAUUUUUUUAGAGCCUGGAUUUCAUUGGAACCUUUUCUUGGUACUGCAGUAAUGCCAUCAGCAGUCCAUGGGGCAUCAUUUGGGCAUGAUUACCACCACCCACGUUUAUGUGGGAAAGUGGUAGAUGAGAAGACAGAACCAUGUUUGGUUUGAUGUUUGCGGUACUUCUUGACAAAGAGUAAGUGGACUUUAGGGAGAAGAUAAAGUUGUUCUACUGGUUUGUUUGCCACUCCAAAGACUAAUGAUCUCCAUUAGCUGUUUCGUGCCCAAGGAGAUGAAGUGAGGAGGAAGGCCUCUGGCUGACAUGGAAAUGGUAUUGGAGCCAAUGGAAGACAUUAAGCUAAAGACGUAAUUGUGCAGCACGGAUUGAUGUUAUCUUUCUCCAUUUAGGGAGGAAGUCAGUGAAACAAAACCCAGAACGAAGGAACUAAUCACUCUUCAGGAUUUUCCUUUCCUUUUCGUUUCCUUUUCUAGCACUUUAGUUUAAACAAAAAGUUAAGUACUACAGAGUUAAUGUUUUUUACUGUCUUUUCUAUUACUAGUAAAGUUUUUUUUCUGUUUUAGAAACAGAAUCUGUUUCCACAAAUCUGCAGUGAUCAUUAUUUGGUGUUUUUGGG